UCCGUCAUGUUUGCACAUGGUUACUCUCCAAGGUAUUACUUUCCUUUGCUUCUUAAACAAAGAGGCAGCAUGUUGUAGAGAGGUCCUCCACACAAUCCAGCUGUUGGAUGCUGUGUACUCACUGUUCAACAAGGAUCGUCGGCAUUGGAUUAGUCUGUUUUCAGCUCUGCAGAUUUGGUGCGUGAAAUUUGGACUUGUUCAUUAAUGUAAACAAACCAGAAUGCUUCUUGGUUAUCAUGCUGAUGAUUGAUCUCUGAGAUUCAUCUCAAGAUUGUACUUAUAAACGGGCAAGAUAUUCUGUGGAAACUAUUUUUGUCCUACAAAGAGUCCACCUGAUCCUUACCAGCCCUUCUUGGAGAAGCUUUACAGAGUCAACAUGAAAGAUAUUUAUUGUGGAGAUGAGAACCAGCUUUUUAAUGAGGAGGACUUAACUGGAGAAGAGGAGGAAACUCCUCCCUUGAGAGGAAGGACAAAAGGAGGAUGUAUGAAAUGUCAGCAGACACAUUCACUCCAGCUAGCUGUCAAAAUGCUGUAUGGCUUUUUUGCUUUACUCAUCAUUGCUGUGGCUGUCUUGGCAUCCCUUGUUUUUAGGAGAGUUGAUAACUUAUCUGAAGAGGAAUCAUUUUACCACAAAAAGAUUUCCAAAGUCCAGGAAAGUAUAAAAGAUUUCAGUACAACAAACAACUACUCCAACUGCUUGGACGUUGCACAAUUCCAAAAAGAGAUUGCCAGACUGCAGAAGGAGUUUGAAGAGAUCCAGAAGAUGGUUCUGAGUCAAGAGCAGCAGUUGGACCAGAACACUCAGUCUCAACAGAGUCAAACACAAUCUAGCAACAGGAUGAACAGAGAUCUUCAGGCCUUUGGAAUCACCAUCAAGCAUAUAAACCAAUCUUUAGGCCAGUACUUGGAUCAGGUGAAUGGUUGGCAGGUCGUCAUCAAUGAAACUGAUCAAGGGAUGAAAACCCUUGUUGAAGAUCAGUAUGAUUUGAAGGCCACAAUGCAGCAAGUCAACACUACCGUUGCCCUUAGUGCAUUGUGGAUAGGUGCUCUUCAGAGGAAGGCCGAAGAGGAGACCUUUGUGCUUCAAAAAAUAACAACAGACUGGCAGAACUACAGCCUAGUUUUAAGUGCACUAAAGACCAAUGCCAGUGUAACCACACAGACUGUAAGGACUUUGCAAAGUGGUGUUUCUGCCACUCACCAGCGAAUCAGCAUGAGCUCAGAGAUGGUACAUGACCUUACUUUACAAGUCAUGAACCUUCAGAUACAAUUGGACAAUGUUUCUUCUUACAUUGACGAACACGAAGAGAACAUGCAUGACCACCAGUACCAUGCCAGGUACUAUGAGAACCGGACUGGGGAACGAUUUGUGACCUUGGAUGCAAGAAUGAACUCCAUUGAAAUGGAGAUCGACACAAUCUCAUCCAGCAUUAAUGCAACCAUCAGCCAUGUUCAGAGCAUGUACAAAUACAUUAACAUUGAGAGUUCCUCUUGCCAGUCCAGACUGGGUAGUCACACAGAAGACUUGCAGAACCUCAACAACACUGUCUUACUACUACUUCACCUGGCCGACACUCUAAGAAUGCAGUACGUGAUGCUGAGUGUACGCCUUGACACCGAUGUGAGGAACCUUUACAUGGUGAUGGAGGAAUUGAAGUUGGUAGACAUCAAUCACGCACAGCUGAUCCAGAACUUCACUAUUUUGAAAGGUCUGCCUGGUCCCCCAGGCCCAAAAGGAAACAAAGGCGAACAAGGAGGCAAAGGACCUACAGGUUAUACAGGAACAAAAGGUGACCGGGGGCUUGCAGGAAAUCGUGGGCCUCAAGGUCCAAAAGGUCUAAUGGGAAUUAAGGGUGAAACAGGAGUACAGGGAGCUUCUGGGAUGAAAGGGAUGUUAGGCCUUAAAGGAGAAACAGGUUCUUUAGGGCAACCAGGUCCUCGUGGUGAAAAGGGACAGAAGGGUGACAUGGGUCUGCCUGGGAAAGAUGGAUUUCCCGGCCCCAAUGGGCCGACAGGAAUCCGGGGACAAUCUGGCCUCCCAGGGGUACAUGGACCCCCUGGACCAGUAGGAAUACAGGGCCCUAUAGGACCACCGGGACCACCUGGAAUACCUGGGCCACCAGGAGAGCCUGACCAGAAGUCAUGAGCAGACAUAAGGCAUUAACUUUCUGUUCUUAAAACGGCAUCUUCCUACCCCAAAUGGUGAUACAUGAACUGCCUUUCUGGACCGACUGAGGAUGUCUCUUGCAGGGUCACCUCUAAAAUUCAUGAGGCCUGGGACAAAUGUUUAUUGCUGGGCCCCCUCUUCUCUGGGGCCCAUUGACUAGGGCCCCCCUCAUAAUAGGGUCUGAGGCAAUGUUCUCUCAGUUGUCCCCCCGAUGAUGGCCCUUGUCUUUUGUAGUAGAUGGUGGAGUUCCACUUGGAGCUCUUUCAAUUCAAGAUGAAGGGGGGACUCCAUGUAUCUUAGAGGUCUAUAUGUGCAUUCCCAAACCUGACACUCUUCACAGCAAUCUUGCUUCAAAAAUGGUUACAGAGCCAGGCUGCAAUUAAACCAUUAAUUGAAAAAGGUACCAUCCAUUGGCAUAAAACAGAAAACCCUGUUCAUUUUCUGAUGUUAAAUAUUUGAUUAUGAAACAAUGAUGGGCAAUAUCAGGCAUAUCACAGUCUAAUUCAUUGAUUAAAAUAUUAAAUAUUCAGAGCGCUUUGGUUUGCUUAGGCAUCCAUACCAAGAUACCAACAACAGACACAUUUUCUUGUGAUCCUAGAGCACCUUUAAAGCCAGCAUCAUCAAGUGAAAGAAGACAAACAUUAAAACAAUUCAGAUUGUGCUUAAUUGCUCUAUAUGAUGUGUAGUUUGUCGUGCAGCGAAGUCCGUUUUACAUCAUAAUCAUAGAACAUUCAGAGCAGGUACUCUGGUGAAACAAGGUUUUUAUUGUGUGAGUUAAUUGUACUAAACAUUUCCUGGAGUAUUUAGAUUGUAAUAUAUACUCCUAGCCUGGUCAAGCUUGUCUAGUUAACAGGUUUUACAGGGGUUUCGGCAAUGGCCAGCUGGUCAGGCCAAGACUAUCUGGCUUACCGUCCAUACCAGCUGAACACCAGUUUGGUCGGGUUAGAGUAGAAAACCACCUUAGGCUGGUUUAAGAUGGGGUUUUUUCCAGCAGGGAAGGCAAUGCAUAUAGUGAAAUUAACAGACAAAUGCAUUCAUUCAUUGGAAAAGGACUGCACAACAUUUUUAAUGCUCCUAUUGGUUUGUCUGAUUUCUCAAUGUGUAAAUAUAGAUAAUGUAUUUGUAAUGUUAUGCAUUCGCUAAUUGCCUCCAUUUUGAGGCUCUUUCUUGGUGUUCAUGUGGAGGCCCUGAUUAAGUGAUAGCAUACAAUCUCUUUGCACAACAAUAAAGAGUUAUUAUAAAUAUAUGAACAGAAUGGGAGCAUUUUAUAUAGCAUUUUGUUUUGCAAUUCAAGAACACUUAGCACAUAUUUAAAAAUUUGAAUUACUGCUUUUUUUAUUUCUUAGUAGAGAACCAAACACAUUUCCCUGAUUAGCUAUCUAAAAAAUAUGGGGACCAUGGACUUUUCUGUCAUCAAAGUGCAGCACAUGGUGGUGAAAAGCAGGGACUAAAAAUGGUUCAAGGAACGAAAACAAACCACAUUUUUAGCAGAACGUAACCGAAAACCAGAAAAAAGAGAUUUUCUAUUGUUCCGGAGUGAAAACUUUACUUUUAAAUGCUGGUAACCGAUAUAACCAGUUAAUUAUGUUCUUAUGAUUUUUUCAUCAAAUCAAAAGCCAAAGAGUUCAUCGCACAACAUUUUUGGAGCUACACCACUUCAUGUUGCCUGAAAAAAUGAAGCAUGUGCUUUGAUACUGAAGUAAACUGCUGCAAAACAUUUCUUUGCCUAAUUGCCUGUUGUUGAUGUCACAUUCUCUGAAUGAAGACCUUUUUAACAACUAUGUAUAAUUAUUACAUAUACAUGCAUAGCUAAUCCAGUGUACAAAGAAAACAUUAUAAGAGGUUAAAAGUAUUUUCUCACUUGUGUCCAAAUCUUCACUGAAUUAUUGUUUGAUACGAUGCAUUAAUUCAAAAUUGUUGCUGCUAGAUUUUGACUCAGAAGCAGAUCUGUAAUUACAGUUAUACUUCACUGUUAAUUAACUGUUUGUUGUGAUUUCUAUGCCGAUUAAUCCACCACACAGGAACAAAAUGAAUAGCUUAUUUACGCUUAUUUUGGUGACGCGAGUGGCUUAUUUUGGGCUUGUUGCUUGUUUCUCUUGCGAGAUCUGGCAAAAUUGCCACUGGUAUUUCACCCACCCCUUAGUGCAGAAUACUGUUAUUUUAAAAAUAACUUUAUUAACAAUUCUUUUAUUAACCUUUCAGAAAGAAUUUCUUCUGAACCGGAAUGAAAAAUUACAGUU